AUGUUUCGUUUCUGGGGCUCGGAUUCUAGGGGCUGUGAUCAGUCGAUAGACACCUCACACGGUGCCUACGCCCACGCCCACCAGCGUCCGACGCCUUCACCCACCACGGCUUCCGAUCCCUCCUCCCCCGACACGCACCCUCUGAAAAGAAAGCUGCACGGCCUCGGAGAUGCCGAGUCGCUGUCGCUGGACCAUGCCGAACCCCACGCCAAGCGUCAAAGACGUGCCCACGACGACAACAUGCUCUACGCCCAGCAAGAUCCUCUCGAGUGCGCCCGCGACGAGAUCCGUCACCAGUUCGGUCUCGAGAUUCUGCUCAAACACGACGAGCUGCGCCUCAUUAACCAGGAGCUUGCUAAAUGUCAGAUUGCCCUCGAACAGCUGCGCCGUUGCCACUUGAUACCGUAUCCUGUCAAUUGCCCAACGCCCGAUCAGAUGCUUCAAGUCACCAACGGAAAGGGGCCAGCCCUUGCCAACCACCCCGCCGAACCUGCACCCAAAUGGGCGCCGCCUUUUGGCGUUGUCGACGGUCCUUAUGCCCGCCACUACGCCAAGUGGCUGAUUCCCGACCCGUCUUUUGACGGAAUGCAACCUGAGUGGCAGUUUACCGCUGACUUUGCCGCUGCACGCGCCUCAUUCGCCGAAGGACGCACCACGCGCAACAGCUUUACAGAGACCACCGUCGGCAAGGGUCGUCCCAACCGUGCCAUGUCCGGCCAACGUCUGCAUUCCCUCUCUAGCGGAUACCCUCAGCCAAAGGACAAGGCCGGUCCUUGUAUCCUUAAGCGCUCCGAUGGACAAACUGUCAAACUUGUUUGCCUUGACUGCAACCGCGAAAACUUUUCCAGUACCCAAGGCUUCAUCAACCACUGCCGCAUCGCCCACAAGCGCGACUUCAAGAGCCAUGAGGAGGCUGCUGUUCAAAGUGGCCAGGCUAUUGAUGCCGCUCCCGAGCCGCGCACCAACAGCGUCUCCACCCCCAUCGACGACAAGCCCGCUCCUGCUGGACCAAUCUCGGCCUUUGUGCACCCCUUUGCUGCCCAUGAUCUCACCGACCAGGAGGCCUACGCGGCUCUGCGCAGCAGAAUUGCCGAUGCUCUCAAGUUGUACCCUCAACCCAAGGCUACUGCCAGUCGUGCCAUAAAAUUGCAAAAGAAGAAGACCGACAAUUUCAAGGCUGCUGCCGACACUCCCUACCUGUCCAAGUUCAUGCAGGACAAAAAAUUCAAAGGCAAUCUCGGCGAUAUUGUGACUGAUGCCAAAACCAAGAUGUCCUUGGACGAGGCUUCUGGAGACGAAUCUGAUACUGACGGUCCGCUGCCUCGGAUUGGUGGCGAUCCUGCUACUGUCCGCACAUCGGUUGUUAUGCGCAUGCCGGCGCACAGCUCUCCUACGCCGAUGGCGAGGCCGCCCAGCUCCAAGGGCCGUCCUGCCCACAUUGACUUUGUGUCGCCGCCUCGCUCGUCAUCGGCAUCCCACGUUGGGCUGUCAGAUGAUGACAUGCCGAUGCGCGAAGACAACCUCAGCCCCAACACCUUGGUGAGCAACAAUGCGCCGUCACUAGUCAGCGACGACGGAGAGUACGACGACUCUGAUGAGGGCUCGUCCGUCUCUGAGGCUAGCGACCAUAUGGAAGCAGACUCUGUCUCUGACGUUGCCGAGAUUGCCAUUGAUGAGGAGCAUGAGCCUCGCGCCCUUCGCCGUGGCUCCGGUACCGUCAGACUUCGCAAAGACGACUCCAAGCACGUCACUUUCAUGGGUUCGAUGAAGCAAAACAAUACAAAGCAGCGAAAGUCUCGACGUGUGUAG